GUCCGACUGUCUUCGCUGCACCGGAAGCAGCGUGGAAGAGAGAUAGAACGCAGUGGUUCUCGCUCCCCUACCCUGACGGACGAUAAGAAUUGGAUAAGGAGAUGGACCGGCACCCCUUUUCUUGCGCGUCGGCUUGUCCUCGCACCACCAUCGCCUCGCAGCGCACCCUCCAAGCCCUGACGCCUUCAAGAUGCUGGACCUCGAGCGCCGCCAGUCCAUCGUCUCCGACAUCGCCGCGUCGGUCUACGACGGAGAGAUCAGCAAGAUGAAGGCGGAAGCGAGCAUUGCCAGCGCGGCCAGCGCCGCUGCGGCGACGAUCACGUCGCCCAUCGUGUCCAUCUUCCCCGUUACGCAGACGGUGGGCGGCAGCGUCGAAGUGGACGUCGCGACCGUGACCGUACGCCCUACGGCUUCGGGGACCAACGCGGCGUCCAGCAGUGCGCAUCACGGACUGGACGGUGGCAAGAAGGCCGGUAUCGCAGUUGGCUCCGCGGUGGGCGCGAUCAUCCUGGCGCUUCUUGUUCUACUGCUCUGGCGCAGGAAGGCAGUACGUUCGCCGGAGCACUGGCGCAACCGGGCGCACGCCUGGCAGAAUCUGGAGGGGAAGCGCGCUGUUCCUACGCAAGGGAGCUCGAGCCCGUACCCCGUCGAUAUCAAGAAGCCUCUUGACCUCGAAAUUGGGGAAGUGGCACCUCAUCCCGACUUGAACCAGGCGCCCAUCUUCAUGAAGGUCCCUCGUCGCCCCGCGCCCUCGGCCGACGUGCCUUCCCAUAGACGCAGCGAUAGUGGUGCCUCCGCCGUAACCCUCACUAAAGAGGUCGUGUAAGGUCGUCUGUUGUUGGAAUAUGAAGGGUGAAUAUAGAAUAUCUCAUCUUCCGGGAACAUGACGCCUCAGUCUUGCUACGACCUAUCACGUUUUCCUCCCCUCUUCUCUACCUGAUCUGUGUGUAUACUUUGGAAUUCCUCGAGGUUAUUGAUGUCAUUUAUGUCCGGAAGUGGCCGAGAAGCAGCG